UAUGUUCAGGUCUCUAUACAGCUGUUUUGGUUUUUGUUGCACAAUGCGGCAACCGGUCGUCAAUUUAAGCAAUUGUUUAUUUAAACGUUUUCUACAAACACAGAAUACAGUGAAACAUGCCAAACAGCAGGCUAACAACCUUAAGGGUAAAAGCAAAAGCUCCCAGGAUUGGUUGAUACGGCAGUUAGCCGAUCCAUAUGUGGAGAAGGCGCGCAUGCUAAAUUUCCGCUGUCGCAGUGCCUUUAAGCUUCUGGAGAUGGAUGAUAAAUACAAAAUUUUAAAGCCUGGCGAUGUAGUAUUAGAUUGUGGUGCUGCGCCAGGCAGUUGGACACAAGUGGCUGCUGAGCGCACCAAUGCAAAUGGCAAGGUAGAGCGUGCGCCACGGGGCGCAGUGUAUAGCAUAGAUCUCCUACAUUUCCAUGCAGUGCCCGGAGCGACUAUCUUUGGAGGAAUGGAUUUUACCACGCCGCUUGCCCAGCAGCGUCUGCGGGAGUCUCUGGCGGGUCGACAAGUGAACUGUGUGCUCUCGGACAUGGCACCCAAUGCUACGGGCGUGCGUAUGCUGGACCAGGAGAGCAUCACAAAUCUGUGCUACGAGGUGCUUAAGUUUGCCCUUGCUAUGUCCGCACCACAAGCCAAUUUGGUGGUGAAGAUCUGGGACAAUGGCGAUGUACCAAAACUGGAACGGGACAUAUUGUGCCAUUACGAGAAAGUUAAACGUGUAAAGCCACGCGCAAGUCGUGGCGACUCAGCGGAACAUUUCUUAUUGGCACGCGGCUAUAAAGGCCCAACACCAGUGCCAGCUUAGACAUAUUUAGCUUAAAAAGUCGAAUUCAAUAAAUGUAAAUGUAAUUAAUGUAAAUAAAAAGUCCUUCACGUAAUGGUAAUGGUAUAUAAA